AUGAACUCAGACGCAACAGACAACGAUGGUUUUGCGGUUCCAUCCCUGUCUGGAGAAGGACCUUCAUCAUCAAAAGCAGUACCUUCACUAGACCUUCCAAAACACGAACCAAUCCGUUUCAAGCCGAUCAAAACGCUAGCAAGCCGAAUUGAUGGUUCCGAAUAUUACGAUGAAGCUAGCAUGGAAAAAGUCUUAGAAAUGCUUGAGCUGGGGCGUACAGAAGAAGCCGUCGCUUACGCUGAUACCCUCUACUCCAAUAUAAUCGAUGACGAACAACUCGAUAUUGUCGGUAUCGCCGAGUAUAUCAAAAUUCUCGUAGUUCUUCGACAAUGGCGUCGUGUCAGUGAUCUAGUUAAUCGACGGAAUUACUAUCAAAUCCACGUGGUAUUUGCGUAUUACGCAGCCACUGCAUUAUUUCAACGGAAAAUGUACGAUGAAGUUACUGAAUUAGCUGUUGGACAUCUUCUUCCAAAUAUUGGACACACGGGUCCACUUCCAAUUAGAACACUCUCACAAGUCACGGGUCGAUAUGUAGAGGAGGAGAAAACAAAGUACUCAUUCGCAAAUAUGGCCGAGUUGGAUAAUAUAUCCAAGAGAUUAAAAAUGGUUCCAGCAUUGAUGAUAACUAUAGCUGAAAGUUUUCUAAAGCUAAUGAAUCGAGAUGCCGCCAUGAUAUGUAUCAACUAUGCAAUGAGCCUUGACAGCACAACUCUCCACAUCGAAAGGGUGAUGACAAAAUACAAUCUCGUUGAGCCUGCUCAAUGGGAAAAUUACAAGAAAGUUCGAAAAGAACAAUUGAAGUUGCACGAAGGAAAUCAUGAUCCACGGAUUCUAAUCGAACGCGCUCAACAUGCCUAUGAGAUGGGUCGAUUUGGAGUGGCUAAAAAGUUGACUGACGAGAUUUUUGAUUUAUUCGGACCACAUCCCGAAUGCAUUCUUCUUCGAAUUCACUGUCUAACUAUGUUGAAAGAUUCUCGAUCUCUAUUGGAGUUAGGGCAUCAAUUGGUUACUGAUGAUCCUUAUGUUCCUCUUCCCUGGUAUUGCGUCGCUCUCUAUUACUACACUAUAGGAUCUAAUGCAAAGGCUAGAAAUUUCAUUAGUAAAUGCACAAUGAUGGAUUCUACGUUCGCUGAAGGAUGGGUAGCUUUCGGACACAUUCUUCACUUCGAAGUGGAACAUGAACAAUCAAUGAGUUGCUAUUAUCGUGCCUCUAAACUGGUUGAUCGAAGCUCGGAACCAUUCUUGUACACUUCCCUUCAAUACUGUACUCAUAGUCAGAAACUGAGCAAGAAGUUUAUGUUGGAAGCUGUGGCUCGAGCUCCAAAUGAUCCAUUGAUUAGACAUGAAGAAGCAUGUGUCGCAUAUUCAGCGAAACAAUUCGAUGAAGCUGAUGGCUUGUUCAGAUCCGUUCUACAUAUGGUUACUGAAACAGAAGAGGAUACUCCAUUGGAAGACGUUCUCAAAAAACCAAUCGACGAUUUCUGGCGUCCAAUGCUUAACAAUAUUGGACACAUAUCACGACACAAAGGUCGUCUACGAGAAGCUAUUCUUUUCUAUCAAAAAGCUAUCAAAAUGGAGCCGAAGUACAUCGACGCGAUUGCUUCAAUGGCUCUUUGCUAUGCAGUUCUUGGCGAGACUGAUAGAGCGACUGAAUUCUUCAACAGAGCUCUUGCUAUCGAUCCAUUCAAUGAGACGAUUCGACAGUGUCUCGCGAAUAUGAUUAUUUCUUGCAAAAGCAAGUUUAAUAUCGAUAAACAUACGAUGCCACCUGCUUUUAAUCCUGAUCAAUUUGAAGGUCAAAGUAUUGUCCCGCGUUGUGCAAUUCGGAAAGUUCGAAAUGAUGGCUUCGUGGUACCAUCGAUCGUUUCCUCUUCUCAACCAUUCAUGUCAAUGUUGAGAGCACGUUUAACAAGAAGUCAGGCUGAACGAGCAGAACGAGGAGAAGGAGGAACGCGGCCAAACCGCUUUGAGGUCGAGAUGAAUGAAGGCGAUGAUUUGUGA